AUGGCUCAAAAAGAGAACGCCAGAGCUGAGCGCAUCGAUGCCGCAAACGACUCAGCACUUCGCGCCCUGAGGAGGCGAGAGCGACGUUGCACGCGGGCGCUGGACGCCCUCGCGUCGCAACUGCGGGUAGUUCGAGCUGAUUCGGAUGUUUCGACGUUCUGGACGGCGACUUGUAUGCGAUCGAGCGCAAUGCUCGAUCCCAAACGCUCAGUCUUGUUCGUGUUGAAUGAGACGGUGGACGUAGACGAAAGAGAACGUCUACGGUCAUCGCAUGCCGUUUACACACGAGAAAUCGAGACAACAAUCAGAUCUGUGAUGCAAAACCUGGAUGCUCGCUCGAAGUACGACGUUGAAUAUAUGGCCAACAAAACGGAGAGCUUGCAGACCAUCUCCAGAGAGAUUACGGCCUUCACAGCAGAGCGCUAUGAGGAGAUGCACGCCUCGUCUAUGGCGGUUAUUCGUGGAAUCAAUGCAAGUGCACACGAUAUGUUUGAUGACGCGUCUCGAGCCGCGAGAUUGGCCGCCCAAACAAUGCACAGCACGAUCGUAAACACGUCAAUUGAACAGGCAUUGGCAGAUUUUCGAGUAAACGUCAACGAACUUGGAGCAUACGCGUCCAGCAUCAAUUUAACUUUCCAGACCGCACAGAGCUGGUUUCACAACUUCGACACAGUCGUUAGACCGACGGUCGAAUCUUUACAGGACUCGAUUGGUGGCAUAGACCUCCCGGUCACGCCUACCAUGGACAUACCGAUGCCACCAAGUCUUUCAGCGCCAGACUUUUCAAUCCCAUCACCAGACUUGCCGAUGGACGCUUUCACCGAAACGAUGAGCGAAAGUAUUGAAUAUUUUUCAUCGAUAGUCUCGUCGGCGUCUGAAAAUGCGUACGGUGCCCUUGUAGAAGCCACGUCGAUAGACAUGGCAACGAAUGUGAGCAUUCCAUCACUGUUGACUGAUUACGAUCCACCGUCACUUCGAGCUCACCGUGAAAACACCACGACGACAGACGCAGAUUCGUUCACAGAAAUCAUCAUGAAAGAGAUUCGUGAAAAGUCGAACGCGUUCGGCGAAGCGCUCCAAGAGUCGUCGAGUACCGCUUCCGACGCAGUAGGUUUCGGAGUGAAUCGAACGGUUGCGUCGAUGAAUUUCAUAACCACAAACUCCACGUCGACAAAUUUCGAACCAAAUGUGGACGAUUUUGACUUCUUGGACCUCGAUUUAGACGCACCACAAAUGCCAAACAUACUUUCGAUUGCCGACGUAGCCUUCGCUGGACUCGUGAACGUCGACGUAACGUACCGUGUCAUUCGAUGCGUCUCCGCGGUUUCAAAGCAUUUCGCCUACGGCGCGCUGGACUUGGAACCGCUGAAUUUAAUCGAUCGCGAUCGAGAGCUUGACGUGAAGAAAGUCACGAUAUACGAACGCAUUGCCCGCUUUUUCGCUGAUCCAGUCAUGGUAGCCAUCGUGCGCCUGGUCAUCUUUAUAGGCGUUGCCGCGGCGGUGCUGUAUGUGUACGGCUUCACGCGUAGAGCGUACGUCGCAGGUUGCAUCGAUAGCCGAAACGGUACGUUUGCGAGUGCUUAUGCACACAGCUUGGCGAGCUCUUAUGUAGAUAUCUCUCCGCGAACAAGAUCGGUUGCCUCUGAUUUGCAGUUAUCGUACAGCAUCGCCCAGGAGUGCGAUAGUCGUCGGGCGCGCGCAACAGAGCUAUUCAACGUUGCAGAACUCGAGCGACAUCGUGUGGAGACAGAGAUCAAGAGUGCACGAGAACGGUUUCUCGCCAUCAAUACGUGCGUGGCGGUGCUGAAUGAAGACGGCCGUCUCACUCACGCAAAAUCGCGCGCUGUGAAAUCAUGCGUCGAGGAAUCGUUCAAGCUUGAUGACUCCGCUUCAACAACGUUGGAAUGCGCAUCGACGACGUGCUCUGCGGCGCACGCUUGCGUUGGACCGAUAGAUGGCGUUAUCAGAGCGCACGCGGUUGAAACUACUUGCUCUGUGGAGAGCUACGUGCACGACUGGUUACGGCGCACGAUGCUCUUUGUCCUCGCGUACGUGUCCAUGAACGUAGCGCGCGAGCCUUUCGCUGAUGCCUUUGGGCGAGUGCUAGCACUGACGCAGAGCGUCGACCACGUGCCCGUCAUCACGCGAUACGACAGAGUAUUUGAUGAUGUGGUUAUUGAUAGAGACUCGCGCGAGCGAGUUCGUCGCGCGUUGCGAUAUGAACGCGUGCGGUCGUGUGCGGUUGUCGUCGCUUGCGUGGCGUGUCAAAUUCCUUGGAUUGUGCUGUCUCGUAAGAGUCGAUCAACAUCGUAA